ACAUUCGGCCUGAGGAUGGAUCUCUUGCGUUUCAAGUCUUCUUCUCCUUUUUUUCGUCUUCCCAUUUCCUGAUCUUUACUUGGUACAGGAACUAGUGUUACAGACACUAGAUAUUGAAGUAUCUCUCUCCGUUCUUAUCUUGGUUGGGUCAACGCUUUGAAAAAUUGGUACCGAUCAUUACUUUUCCUGUUAUUUGAUUGCAUCCGUUUGCUCUCUUGGAAGCUCCUGAUAAUUGCUUCCGUUGGCGAAGAGAGUCUAAUCUUUGUGAAGGACCUGUUAUUAUCCAUGGAUACAUCUGUUCCGUUUGGUGUCGCUGUUCCGGAACAUGUUACUACUUUUGACUUGAAUCAGUCAGAUGUAAAUCCUGAGCAAUUCUAUCAAAAAGAUGUAAAUCAUGAGCAAAGUAUUUCCACCAUUGGAGAUGAUUCUGUGGCAGAUCUUGGGGAUGCACUUACUGGGAUCUUAUGCUUGCAAGAUGUUCAUGAAUCUUUGCCAGGACAGUUUCAACCGUUAGACAGGGUUGAAAUAUGCCAUCCCGAGGCUGAAAUGUGCAGGGAAUUGAUAAUUGAUGUGGCUGAAUCUGUGGCUGGAACAUUUCAGAAAGGAUUGAUAAAGUGUGCAACAUUUCCAUGCUCUAAGAAGGAUUUGUCAGUUAAUGAGAAAACAGAAAUGUCUGACUCAAGGCUGGCCUGCACGCGAUCCUUAUCUCUUCCUACUCCAUUGAAGCUUGUGUCUGCCAUGAAAGGUAGCCGUGAGAAGCAGGGAGCACCUGAGAGGAAGCUGACAGUGACAUGGGCUCCUGAUGUGUAUGAUCCACCUGCCACAUCCCUCUCACACACCGUGAAAAGCCACAACCAUCAACGCAGGAGGACCAACAAAAAGAAUGGCAAGCACAAGCACAAAGGCAAAUCUUCUCGUGGAAGCACUAGUGAGAAGAAGCAAUCUAGAACUGUUGCCAAUUCGGACUUGCGUUCUAAAUCAAUGGCCGGCGGCAAUAAGCUGCGUUUUGGUGGUUUUAAUCAGUCAACUGUGGAGCUGGUGGACUUUGUUGCUGGCCAAGAGUCGAAGUGUGGGAGUAGCUUGUGGACAUCAGUGGCAAAGGUGCACGUCUCAGUGGCAGAGGCUACGUAAAAGGAUACCUCUGGUGUCAAAUACGAACUCUUCUUACUAGGCAGGCAGGCAGGCAGGCAGGCAGGCACACUCUUAAUCAUGUAGGUUAAUAAAUUUGUGAGGAUUUUGACUGUGGCAUGGGUUCCUUGGCGUAGGGAUGCUUAUGGAACAUUAUUGGUUGAUUGUGUUUCUUGUACGCAUGGUUGUGGUGGAUCUCAGACUUUGAAUAGAAAACCGUUGUGUGUGCAUGAUAUCUGUGUAUAAAGGCUCUGGUGGAUCUCGGACUUUUAAUAUAUAACCGUUAGGUGUGCAUGAUAUCUGUGUAUAAAGGCUCUGGUGGAUCUCAAACUUGAAUAUAAAACCCUUGGUGUGCAUGUUAUGUGUAUAAAGGCUUUCCUUCUCUC